ACUGGUAUCAUCCCUCCGUUUGGACCCUUCUUUCCCAUUGUUGCAGCUGCGAUCGCUGCAGCGAUUACCGGCUCGAUGUACUAUGCCCUGUCGACACCUGAAGAUCCAAAGUACGUCAUUGCUCCUGUCCACAAUGGGAAGCACAACACUCGACGUGAAGUGAAGAAGCAAGUCAAAGAUUGGUGCAGGAAGAGGCAGCUGCAAAAGAUUUAUGGCCCUCUGCUUGAGGCUUUCCUCUCUCUAUACUUGGGGCUUGAAUGGCUUCAGACAGGGAAUUUGUUGACGACCGUCAUAACACACGGGCUGUUCCAGGUAAUCAUGACAGCUGAUGGUGUUUGGCAAAAGAAGAGCGAUGACGAGAAGAAGAACCGUAGAGAGGAGGAGCAGCUGCUUGCCUUUCUUGGGGAAAGGCACCGCCAACUGCCGCAGCAGAUGGCUGGGACGGAGGAUGUGCCAUCCAAUCGAAAAGAGUAGAAGUCUGGAAUGUACUUACCUCUUACAUCUUGACUUGUAAGUUGCUCAGCCUUCAACAUAUCAAGUAGUCGCCCAUUACGCUAGUCAAAUGUGUUAUCCACCAACUAGCCAACUGUAGUUCUCAGCAUAGCUAGGUAGCUGGCUGGCCAUCUACCUACGUACGUACGUACGUACGUACGUACCUACCUACCUACCUACCUACCUACCUACCUACCUACCUACCCACCAGCCUAAGUAUCUACCUACCAGCCUACCUACGUGCCUACCGACCUAGCUACCUCCCUACCUACCUAGCUACCUACCUACCUACCUACGUACCAGCCUAGGUAUCUACCUACCAGCCUACCUACGUCCCUACCUCCCUACCUCCCUACCUACUUACGAGCCUACCUACCUAGCAGCCUACCUGUCUACCUACCUAUCUACCAGCAUACCUACCUACCUGUGCACCUACCUACCUGUGUAUCCACAGCCUUAGCAUACCUACCUACCUGUGCACCUACCUACCUAUGUACCCACAGCCUUACCUACCUACCUACCUACCAACGUACCAGCCUACCUGCCUACCUACCUACCAGNUACCUGCCUACCUACCUACCAGCCUACCUGUCUACCUACCUAUCUACCAGCAUAACUACCUACCUGUGCACCUACCUACCUAUGUACCCACAGCCCUACCUACCUACCUACUUACCUACCUACCAGCCUACCUGCCUACCUACCUACCUACGUACCGGCCUACAUGCUUGCCUACUUCCUACCCACCUACCUACCUACCUACCUACCAGCCUACCUACCAGCCUACCUACCUACCUAUCAGCCUACCUACCUACCCACCUACCCACCUACCUACCUACCUACCUACCUACCUACCUACCUACCUACCUGCCCACCUACCUACCUAUCAGCCUACCUUCCUACCUACCAGCCUACCAGCCUAUCUACCUACCUACCAGCCUACCUACCUACCUACCUACCUACCUACCUACCUACCUACCUACUUAUCAGCCUACCUACCUACCUACUUAUCAACCUGCUUAUCAACCUGCCUACCUACCUACCUCCCUACCUACCUAAUGAACGGAAUGACCACAAAGUUUCCUUACACAGAAAGUUGGUCCAUCGGACUCCAUCCUAUCAUGUCUAUGACUGAGUACGGUGGGGUGUCAGGUAUCUAACGUCGGAACUGAAUGCUUCAUCCUUUUAAGGCCGUAAGGGUGGCCAUAGCGCGCGGCAGGAAUGGUUACGAAAGUUGACAAAAAGGACAGCGGAAGUCCUCCAUGUAGAGUUAACAAUCGUUUCUAGUAACUACGGCAGGAAUGGGUGCUAGGAAACUGAGAAAAGAUUUGGCCAAUACCUUUCAAUUUUCUGACCAUCGGUACGCGGCAGUAGCUGUGACAAAAGUCACAAAAGUACACCACAACGGAUGGAAGAACAUCCGUGUCUCACAGUUCGAGAACUGGGUUGUCCGGGAAGUCCGGGCAAGCACUCCUUUUGGCUGUAUGAGCACUAUAUAUAUGCAGUAGUGAUUAUAAUGUAAAGUAGAAUCAGAAAAGUCAGGAAUGAUCGAUAGUUCAUCUCUUAUCCYCCCCCCCCCCCCUCCCUCGCGCCGCCGCCCCAAAUAGACAACGUCAGGAACGAUUAAGCUCAGCUCGUCUCUUCUUUCUUCCAAAUGCAGUAUGUUGAGAGUAGUUUGUAUUGACUUUGUAAAUAAUUUAGACAAAUAUGACGGAGGAGAUCGUCCUUUGUUGAUUAGGGACCGUUGUGUAAUCAUCGACUAUUUAGGGGUGUCUGAACGGAGGGCAGAGACCCCGAUCUUUCGUCCUCUAUCGACGAUGGCUGUUGUAUGCAAUGCUAAUUGCAGCGAAGUACACAGAAGAUUUGCAGCGAAAGUGGACAGAAGAUGGGAGGCGGCCUCUUUUCUUACAUAAUUGGGAUUCGUGUUGCGUUAGGUCAUAGCGGACGAAGCGGCGUAGUUUCCUCUUGUAUUAUUUAUUUAUUUAUUUAUUUUCAAGUUUUAACCUUUUUAAAGACUCUUUUCGCUUGUUCUCGUCGAGCAAAAACUUGUCACCGCAGGGUGUGUAUCUUUCCACGGACAGCGAAAAGGGGGAUCUACGGACGGCGGAAAGGGGUCCGCUGAAAGGUAUGAAUCAGUUUCUCAUUUGACAGCCAACAAUCACAGACUGAUACUAUACCUUCUUUUGUUUUCUCUUGUCACCGAGGAAGUACUUCGGAGAGGGGGGUGCCAAUCAUAUACGGAAAGGGUGCUCCAACCACCUUUACCACCGAGUGAAAUGGGAAACAUGCAUCCGAGAUAAAGAGGAUGGUGAAAUGUGCAUUGUCAAACGUGUCUGUAGCUUGUGCUUCAGGUCACUCAUCACUGUAUAGCACCAGAUAGCUGAUAGCCAAUACCUGAUAGCCAAUAGCUGAUGGCUGAGAGAUAAUAGCUGAUAGUAGCUGAUAGCUGAUAGCUAAUAGCUGAUACCUGAUAGCUAAUGGCUAAUAUCUGAUAGCUGAUAGCUGAUAGCUGAUAGCUGAUAGCUAAUGGCUAAUAAAAGGGCCUUUACCCG